AGAUAGAAGUAACAGAAAUACAGCGGUUUUGAUUUAAUGAAGAAAAAAAAAAUAAAGAAAUUGUAAAGAAAGUUUUGACAUUGGAGCGGAAGUUGUGCACAUAUGUUUCCGACGUAGCUCCUGCAAAGUAGUACAUGCGCAGUUUGUACAGUCUGAAUAUGUCGGCUGGAUAAAAUACGUUAACUGUUAUCAUGAGCAAAACGAUUUCUUUUGGUUAAGUUUAUCGUCGUUAAGUUAUCGUAAAAAAGAUUGUAAUUGAAAAGUCUGAAGGUACGGAUAAGAUGAAUGUAGUUGACUGAAGAAACUGAACUCGCCAUAUUGUACGUUAAAAGAUUAAAUAAAGGAGGCCUUAUGUCAAGUCAGUUCAGUAUUGGGAGGGCCGACGACGUGUGCCAAUAUGAAGAAGCUAUUUUCAAAAAUCGAAAACACGUCGAAGGAACUCAACAGUUAUAUAGGAAAGGUUUUUGUAGUAGGACGUUGCACUGUCACUGUCGAAGAAGUUUUAGCCGAAGGAGGAUUCGCUAUUGUAUUCCUGGUUAAAUCUUCGAGCGGACGGUAUGCACUUAAACGCAUGUACGUUAAUAACGAACAUGACCUCAAUGUAUGUAAGAGAGAGAUACAAAUUGCGAGUAACUUAAACGGUCAUAAGAAUAUAAUAGGAUACGUGGACAGUAGUAUCGCUCACAUAGGAGGAGGAGUACACGAACUUUUGCUUUUGAUGCCUUAUUGCAAGUCCCAAGUUCUUCAGAUGAUGAAUAACAGGUUGCAAACCGGUUUUAGCGAAUCCGAAAUUUUACAAAUAUUUUGCGACGUUUGCGAAGCUGUAUCCAGAUUACAUCAUUGCCAGACACCGAUAAUACAUAGAGAUCUAAAAGUUGAAAAUAUAUUGUAUUCGGAUACUGGUCAUUACGUUUUGUGCGAUUUUGGUUCGGCGACAGCAAAAAUUUUGAACCCUAGUGUGCACGGUGUGGCGAUAGUUGAAGAAGAAAUUAAGAAAUAUACGACCCUUAGUUACAGAGCACCCGAAAUGGUGGAUAUGUACUGUGGCAAAGCAAUAACAACAAAAGCAGAUAUAUGGGCAUUAGGCUGUUUAUUGUACAAACUUUGCUUUUUCACAUUGCCAUUCGGAGAAAGUACACUCGCUAUUCAGUCAGGAAACUUCACGAUACCGGAUAAUUCGAGGUAUAGUAGAAAUCUUCAUUGUUUGAUUCGUUAUAUGCUCGAGCCGGAUCCUGAUAGUCGUCCCGACAUUUACCAAGUUGCUGUGAUCGCAUUUCAAAUACAGGGCAAAGAAUGCCCUGUACAGAAUUUACACAAAACGCCAACGCCUGUAUUGGAAUCUUUAGCUUGUCCACCUAUGGAAUCGGAAAAUGUAAAAAGAUCAUCAUUGGUGAAAACACCGAAACCGAGUACGACUCCGGUAACAACCGUGGAGGGUACAUCGGUUACGCCGAGACAACGACCAAAAGGACAAGCUGUAAGCGCCGGUCCUAUAAGUUUAAGCGGCCAGAUAGUGAGUCAAAUAUCUGGUCAGGGUAGUCAGUGUUUGCAGUCGCAAAGUUCAGCAGGAAAUUCGACGAUCGCGUUCGUUCAAAUGGGUCAACAAGUUGGUUCAUUGAACGUACCAUCUCAGUCGUAUAUCGCAGGUCAGAGUAUGCAACAAAAUGUUCAGCCGGCAGUAGGAACGAACAUACAAGCCACACCAUCGUCUCUCGUUCAAGUUACGUCCCAAAUUUGUACGAACAGUCAAACCGUUUCAUUCGUACAAGCUCAAACUCAGCAAGCGCAGUACAGUCCAGUACAGCAGUCACAGAGUUCGGUGAUCGGAGGAAAUCAGCAAUCUCCCGUGACUGUUCAGGAUAAAAAGAAUUCCUAUUACUUUGAGUCAAAGUCGGGCAACAAGAAGGUGGAGGAAGAAAAUUUGGAAGCAUUGUUUCCACCUUCCGGUUAUCCAGAUCCGUUUAAAGAAGAGGAUAACCGAGCCAUGCCGCCACCGGCUAAAAUACCACCUCCUGUAGCUCCAAAACCGUGUAAAAUUGUACCGAAGGCGUCGAAUAUUUCUGUUAAUUGCCCAGCUCCAAAGUUGACAGCGGUUACUUCGUUAACAUUGAAAUUAAAUGCCACAACGGGAGGUAGCAAGGGGGCGAGUUGUAUAACACCGCCAACUUUACCGAAACCGGUGAAUAAAACGGAAAGUUUGAGUCAGAAUAUCAGUUCGAGUACAUCACCGCCGGAUAGCCCAACAUUAAUGUCUGCACGACAUCGAAGAAAUGUGAGCGAUACGAGCGCUUUCAACAAAGCGUUUGCAAGCGAAACGACUCAGUUUUUAGCACCGUACGAAGCUUCGGUUAAAUCACGAUCGGAAGAUGUUACGUCUCCCGAAGUUGUAACCGAUAUAAGACCUUGUCUAGGAUCUAGCGCUUCACAUGUACGUAUUGGCGAACUGUCGAGUGUAACCGCGACCGAAGGGAGAUCGUUAAGCGCGGAUGUUGCUGCUUGGAAUCCGUUCGAAGAUGUUCAACCUUUUAAUCAGUUAACCGAAGAUCAUAUUUUCGGUGCGGAAUUUGAUAAAAUUAGAAGGGGAAGCAAUGCUAGUACAAGCGGCGUAAAGAGCCGCGAAAGUCUUGUUAUGACAUGUACUACAGAGUUACCAGAAGAUCCGUUCGAGUCUGCACCUUUCAGUUUGCCAAGGAAGAAGAACAAAAUUGGAUCAAAGACGGCAGCACUUGCUGGAGGCAAGUCUGUAAACGGUAGAUUGAGAAUGACUUCGAAGCAGUGGAAUUCGAGUAUCGAACAUGUCGAAGCGGACGAGGCGGAAAUCCUUCCGGCAAGGAACGCUUCCGUUUCUCCGCACUUUGUUCGAGCUCCCGUAGAAGAUCGCUCGAAAUACGAAAAAUUGUUGUUCGACGUUGGCGAGGUUGAUUCGAGCGACAGUGACAAGGAGGUACCUAAUCGUACGGAAAAACUAAUCGAACAGAAGAGGAGAAGGAUGAAGAACAAGAACAAGAACGCAUUGCGUAGGAAGAAGAAAAUGCAAGAUGCGACAAAUUGUACAAUCAAAAACAACGAAUCGGACGAUUCAAUAGGUUCUGCCAGUGAUUUGAGAACGCUGAACGACACCGAGUGCAAUGAUAUCGAUAUCGAUAGCGAUCACGAUACCAAUACUGAUACCGAUACCGAUACCGAUACCGAUACCGAUACCGAUACCGAUACCGAUAAUGAUCAGGAGCAUGGCGUGAUUCGAAUGAACGGUAUUACCGUUAACGAGGAUGAGCAGACAAACGACUAUCAUAGUCAUGGCGACGACGACGACGACGACGACGACGACGAUGAUAACGAGGACGGUGACGAUGACGAUGACGAUGACGAUGAUCGUGAGGAUGUAACGCGCAAACAGUUGAAUAAAAGUGCGCCGGUAAAAAUACGAGGAGCCUGUGAUUUUAUUGCCACGCAUGAACAUAAUAGAACAAAAAGGUCAAAGAAACAUUAUCAAACACACAAAUUAAUGACUCGAAUUAAUACGGAUCCUGUCGUUGGACACCAGUAUGGGGAGAAACCUCUGUUACUGGAUGACGAACUGGACCUGGAAUCGAAAAUCGAACGAUCGAGCGUCGAUCCGUUCGUCGGUCAUCGCUAUGAUUCGAGUUCCCUAUCGUUAAACGACAAUAUCUCUUCAAAUGGUAACGGAAGGACAAAAGUUGGCGUAUCUGCGCGUUGGCAAGUAGAAGAGGAUGUGUUUGCUCUGGCUCCGUUUCCUAAAUCAGCCCAUUCGAGGAAAGCUGUUGGACAACGAACGACUUUUAGAAAUACGAUGUCAUCGCUUAUUCCCGCUUACACUUUAUCCACAAUCUCCAAUGUCGCCGUGUUAAACACGGACGGUUCACGAAAAUCGUUUACCGGCAAAACUGGAAAUAUCGGGGAUAAGGAAUCUAAACGAUUUUCUGCUAAACUGAUCUCGAACGUUUAUCCAGUUAUUGGUAGGAAAAAUAGCCAGAGUAUGGAAGAAAAAAUAAUAAAAAAAAAAAAUGAGAGAAAGGAAGAAAAAGGAGAAGAGGAAGAGGAAGAGGAAGAAAACGAAGGAGGAGGUGGUGGAGGAGAAAUAGAAGUAGAAAAGGGAAAAGAGAAUAAAGAAAAGGAUUUGUUUGGCUCUUCUCCGUUUAGUCUAAACAGUUUUGUAAAUCCUUUUAAUACCGUUCCAAAUCGAUGGACGACAACCGGAACGACAGCAAUUACAACGGCAACAACGACUACGACUACGACGACAAUGACGACGACGACGACGACGACGACGACGACGACGACGACGUCAACAACUGUAUUUAUAAAUCGAAAAGUAUUGCGCGACAAGGACUGCUCCGAAGCUUCUGUUAAUUGCAUGGUUCCGUGUUUACGAUUUAUGGAGGUAACGCGGUCGAAAGAUGCUGACGCCUCGAUAGGGGUGACAAUGUCGAAUUCAAAGUUUCUUGGUACGAGACUGGAUCGUAGCGAAAGUUUGUCAGCUACGGAGGGAAGUAUCGUCGAGCGUAUAGAAAGCGCGCAAAGUUCCAAGGAUUUGUUCGGUUCCGUUCCGUUUGAUGAAUUUCGCUCUUUUCGAUCGAACGAACAAAAAAGGCCGACCUCUGUACCCUUUUAUUCCCGAUCCUCGGCAAAUUUCCUUGAGGAUAGCGAACGCGCAAUCUCCUCGGAUAAAGCGCAUUCACCGAAUACCGUCCAAUCAAUGUUCGGCUCGCAAACGGCCUAUUCGAUAGAACCGAUUCGACAUCCCACGCGAAUUGCCGCUGAAACAGUUAACAGCGUAUCAAACAUAGACAUUGUAUCGGAGAUUGUUUCGCCCAUGUCGCCGGAGCCUUUGGUCACGGAUGAUGCGCCAAAAUACAAGAAAGACAAAUUUAAAUCGGACAAAUCGAAAUAUCGUUUGAUCGACGAGAGCUCGGCCGGUGGCGAGCUUGUCCUCGAUGCUGCUCUACUCUCCUCAAAGCCGUCUCACAAAGUGAAAUCCACUUGUUACAAACGAAGCCCGAGAACAAAAAAGUGUUCAGCGGUUACCGCGGCAGGUUUCAGUAAUAUGAGUUUCGAAGAUUUCCCGAGCGACGAAAAUGAGGAGAAACAAGUUAGAAAUACCAGAGUCGCGCCGUUCGAAGUGAUCAGAGAGUCGGAAAAACGAUUCGGAUCGUUGAAAAGAAGGAGCAAUCCGUUCACUUGAGAAUAAUACAACCUGCUACAAGGUAUAGGUAUAGGUAUAGCUAUGCACCGCCGCAUAUCCUUAUGUUUUAUUCUUUAUCUUUUAUACUUAAUACUUGAUACUUUAUUUGUUCCUGUCUUCGCGAUAACGCGACAACCCUCCCUCCAGUUGCCUUUAUUUUUCACUCUCGUUUAUUCUCUUGCCUUUUAUCAUUCUGUUAAAGCUCUUAAAUUCAGUGUAAGAAAAAUUGUCUCUUUUUUUCAUUUUCUCAUUUCUUUCUUUACUUACGUCUCUGAAACACGAUGCUUCGAGUCGCUGCUAUCCAUUGCGUAAAAGAUGCGGGUAAACUCGUUGGUCGGAUAAGCAUUCGAUAGCUGAUAGCUGAUAGCCGAUAGUCGUUUCACCGAUCACCCUGUUUACCUACAACAUCAAGUAUUAAAUAAGAAAAAAAAGAAAAGCGAAGAGAAGCAGAUGAGAGAAAGAAAUGAAACACGAUUAAUCGGAAUCGUAAAAUUAAGGAAAGCGAAGAGAGCGGAGAGAGGAGAUACAAGGAAAAGAGGAAAAACUGGUGCAUCUAUUUUUGCAGCUAUAAGCAUUUUCACCACGUAUUUCUACCAAGUAUUACUAUGAUUCAUCGAUUAUUGUACAUGAGAUAUUUUUUUCUAAAGAAACAGAUAUCAGGUAUCUCUCACAUAAAACUCACACAUGUUCGCAGUCAAGUGACAUCCGCUUAAUAAAAGCUCCGUUUCUCUGUCCAGCGUUGUGCGUGUAUCGUCUAUUGUACACUUUGCGCUGUAUACGAGUUGCGAAUAACGUGCUGAAUUUCUCGGAGAAACAGUGUUGAGAAGUAGAAAUGUUUGCCAGGGAUAUUGCUCUUCAGUAGCUUUUAUUCCUAAUCCACGUGUAAUUCAAACUUUGUAACAGAAAUUACAAUUAUUCCCUGGAAACGGAUCUUUUAUCGAUCUGUGCUUUUUCUUCUCCUUUUCACUUUUAAGCUUCACCAGCACUGUAUCGCUCUUGUAAACAUAGAAAGAGCAGAUAAAGAAAAAAAGAAAAGAGUAAGACAAUAUUAUAUAAAUAUCUAUAUAAUUAAUAUAUUCGCAUUAAUAUAUUCUGAUACACGUACAAAUUCAGGUAUUUCUUUGUACGAGUGCGCAUUGCGAAGAUCGGUGGGCGCGUUCAUGUAGGUAACGUUUAUGGAAAAUGUAGAUAUUAGCCAAUACGUACAUAUUUAGGUGCCUUCUUUUGUUAAGUAGAAUGUAUUUCAGGCUUAUACUCUUUCUUAUCGUUCAAUGUAAGUACAAACAAUGGUAUUAGAAGAGAAGCGGUCAAGAUUUUAUUUGAUUCAGUUCCUAUACGUAGCUGUAAAAGCUAAACUCAAGAAUAAGUCACGAUCUUGUAAACUGUAUUGAACGGGAUAUUAAAAGAGACAAACGGAAAUGCGAAUAAAACAAGUGAAAACAAAAGGAUGAAAAAGACGAAGAAAAAAGAAAACGCAGUCAACGGAACGGGCAAUUCUUUUUUAGCAACUAACAAUGAACGUAAUGCGAUCUUCUCACGGCAGUUUACGUAGAAAAAAUCAUUUAACUGAUUACAAUAAAUAAAAUGUCCGAUUGCGAUGAAAUGUUUCCAGUAAUUUUAGGAGAAAAAACAGCCGCUGCUUUAGCAAAUUUUAUUUCUGAAUUACGGAAAAGAUAACGUUUUAUCCUUUCAUGAAAAAUGCAUUAAGCGAUAUUUGUCAUGGGUAGUGCACAUUCCGUACUAAUUACUUAUUUUAUACGUAUUCUCAUUAUAGUCGUCGUCAUCGUCAUCGUCAUCGUCAUCGUCAUCAUAAACUGCUUUUAAAUCUUACUUAAACGUUAUCACUGCCCUCGAUACUAGACACGUUCCCUUUCUUAGGAAGUAUGCAUAAAUUCUUUCCUUCUUUCAACACUUGACAGAAAAACACUUGUCUGCUUGAAAAAUUAAUGCAGAGAAACAAAAGAGUACGUUGCCUCUUCGACUUCUUCAAACUGUUCGAGAUAAAAGCGUAUAAGUAUGUACAUGAGUAAAAUGUGCAUCGAUUUGCAUCGUUCUGAAUUUCCUAUUUAGAAGACAACUGAAUUUUCAAUUCUUACAGUUUUUCUGCCUCGACUAUUACUUGUGUAUGUACAACUUUUAGCCAAUAUCUACCAACAAGAUUGUUGCGCACGUACUUAUAUGUAUACAUACAUAUGUAACGCUCGUACGCGGUUCAUUGUACCGUUUUCUUCAAAAAAUAACUACAAAACAUACCAUUUUAUUUGUUUCUUUUCUCCUGUAAUUUCACUAAAGUUUGUUUAUCAACGCAAACAAAACUGUUCUUACACUUGUAUAUUGUAUCCUUAAAAAAAAAACAUUGCUCCGUUUGUAACAUGUUCAUGGAAGUGAAAUAAAAUACAUAUAUGUCAUUUA